ACACAUGGGUGCUGUGUGUGUGAGAGUAGGUCAUGCACCGUAAAACCUGUGUUUUGUAUAUGAAUAAUAAACAUUUAUAGAAACUGUUUGAGGUGUUUAAACUGUCAAACGUGUAGCGAAAUUAAUUGUAACCUAGAAAAAUCACUUUUAUUUUUAUUCAACACAUUGCUCCUGCUGCUCCUUCUGCUCCUUCUGCUCCUUCUGCUCCUGCUGCUAACUGGAAGGCUAGUGGUGACUGAACCCACCAGUGGACCUGGACCUCAUUUAGACUGUUUGCUGUAUUUCCCUCCACUGACAGUGAAGCUGCUGCGUCAGUAAAAGUGAGUGAUCCUCAGGAGAUGGAGGCAGCAGCUCUGGUCGCUCCAGUCACAGCUGUGCACUUCAUCCAGGAUCUAUUUCUCCUCACAGGAGAGGGUCCGGUCCUGACGGUGUACAGUCUCAAGCCUCAUCCUAAAGCCUCUGCUUCACUGAGUGUGCUCCAACACUACAGAAUCCAUGGAGUCAGACCAAGACGUCAGGCUGCUGUAACAGCUCAGAAGACACAUGGACUGAGCUCCACCACAGGGCCUAACUUCUACGACCUGGCAGUGUUUGGGGGCAAGGCUGUGAGGCUGGUGAGGCUCCAUGUGGGUCUGCAGGAUGGGGAGCAUCUGCACCUGGAGGUCUUUGGUCCCCUCAUGGAGUUGCAAGACUGGGCCCUCGAUGUUCACUGGCUAUCUGGGGACAAACACUCACUUCUCUGUGUGGCUUUAGCACACAAUAGUGCUCUUCUCCUGGAUGUCAACACAGGCACUGCCCUGGUUCAGCGCUCCUGUCUGGAGGGAUGUCUGCUGUAUACUGCCCUCCUCCUUGUACAUGAAUCUUGGGCAGAUGUCGUCUUAGUAGGUGGGACUGUUUUCAACCAGCUGGUUGUCUGGAGGCCUGGUGGAGGAGAUGGAGGAGGAGACAGUCAUUCCAAAUGCAAUCCAUUGGAGAGACGUCUGCUGGGGCACAGUGGGGUCAUCUUCAACAUCUCCUACCUCCAGGAGAGGGGGUGGCUGGCUUCAGCCUCUGAUGAUCGCAGUGUAAGGGUGUGGGGUGUUGGUGUUUUAGGGGGCCCUGGGGGCAAAUGUGGGGACCUGAAUCCAACUUGUUUACGAGUCCUGUAUGGACACCAGGCUAGGGUGUUCUCUGUGCGUCUCUCCCCCGGGAAGGUGUUCAGUGCUGGGGAGGACGGGGCCUGUUUAGUCUGGGAUUGGGCUGGAGGUUGGAAGGUGGUUCGGACAUUAAAGGGACACCGAGCAGGGGGCGUGCGUUCACUGGCAGUGAGUGAGGGGACAGAAGAAGAGAGAUGGGUGGCUACAGGGGGGGCAGAUGGAGGCGUGAGGUUGUGGAGGUUGCAGGAGACUGAGGAGAAGACGGAGGAAGCAGUGAUAGACAAACUUACGGACCUUAAAUUCCCGAGUCACAGUUUGCCUAAAGUGGUUUGUGUAGCAGGAGAAGAGGAUGAAAAUGAAAGUUGGAGCCAGAGUAAGAUUGUGGUUUGCACUGACCGAGGGACUGUCUAUCAAUACAGCAAUGGGACGUGGGAGAAUUUAUGGCAAGGGACUCCUGACUUUCAUUCUUACUGUGUGAUGGAAACAGUCGGCAUCAAUGUGAAAGACUCCACAGCCAAAGUUAAUUUGUGUGCGGUGGGAAACCUCAGUGGGUCCAUUCAGGUCUUCCCCAUCUCUCAUCCUCACGCUGGGAUCCUUCUCUCAGGGGGUUCAGGGAAGAUCCACAGUCUCAUUUGGAAAGAGGGAGGAGCAGGCAUGUGCUUGCUGGCGUCAGGUGCUGGAGGAAUCGUCUAUCGCUGGAGUGUAGAGGUUAAAUUAAAUGAUGAUCAAUCCUUAGCUCUCAAUGCCAAUCCUCUUCUUCCUUUCCUUCUUCCUCCCUGUGGCAAACGCUGGCUGUUGGCUGCAUUGUGCCUUCACUCCAGGUCACAGGGGGCGCUCUGGGUUUGCGGGGACAGGAGAGGGUCCCUGCUUUUGUAUCAAGAAGGAGGAGAAGUUGAACAAAAGCAAGGAGAUGGUGCACAAGCAGAAGAGGGUGAAGAUGAGGAUAACAUAAGGGAUGGAGUUGGAAAAAGCAGUAUCGUGGAGCAGGGAAAUAACAGCGAAGUGCACAAACUACAGCUGCAACCGUUAAGCUGCCUGUUUGGGGUGCAUGGAAAACAGGGUGUAACAUCAGUGUGUGAAUACAGAGGUCUACUCUACAGCAGCGGCAGGGAUGGCUGUGUGAGAGUUUUUAGAGUUCAACAAACACCACGAGAAAAACAUGAAGAAAACAGUAAACAUAUCGCUGAAAAUCCUGUAGAGAACCACGAGGGGCUUCAGCUUGAGGUUCUGCGAGUUCAGCGGGCCUGUAAAGGUAUGGAGUGGCUGGAGAAAGUUCUGAUUCUCCAACCUGAAAUUCCCGAGGAAGAGGAGGCCAGAGAGGAAGGUGAGAACCACUCCAAGACAGGAGGAGAAGAUGUACAGGCACAAAAUAGAGAAAGAGAAGCAAGGUUUGUCAUCGCUGGCUUCCACGCUGUCCACUUUGUGGUGUGGGACCCGGUGAGGCAGGAGAGGCUGUUUGAGGUGCCUUGUGGUGGGGGGCAUCGCUCAUGGGUUCUCUGGCCUUCACACAAAAGGGUGUGGCCUGGAUAUGGAGCUCUGGUCUUCAUCAAGCACGGGGCUGUCCUGGCUUCACGUCCUCCCGGAGAGGAAGGGAACUGGGCUGGUAGGACAGGAAGGACUGGAGGAUGGGGCCUGAGAGAGGGCAUCCACGGGAGGGGGGUCGGGUGUGUGUGCAGGCUGGGGAUGAUAGUGGGAAGUGGCUGUGACAUUCAAACGACUGCAAGUAUGACGGCAACAGAAAGAAAGGAGGAGGAGCGGGAGCGAGGGCAUUGGGAGGUCCUGGUGACGGGAGGAGAGGACACCAGCUUAACCGUCCUCGCGGUACACCCCAACUCCGGCAACGUCAAAGUCCUCUCUGUAAUUACAGACCACAUCUCGAGUGUGAGGACGGUGACGGCAAUGAAGCAUGCAGGGGGCGAGAGGGCUCACCAGUCACAGUCUCUCUCAACCUUGCUCUUCUCAGCUGGCGGCCGGGCUCAAAUGCAGUGUUACCGGCUGUUGAUUGGCUGGGACCAGCAGAGAUUGAUCCCUUCCUGUCAGGUGAUCCAGGUGGCCAGUCACCGACUGGAUGAACAGUGGGAGAGGAAGCGGAACCGACAUAAGACGGUUAAAAUGGAUCCAGAAACAAGGUACAUGUCCAUAGUGGUGGUGGAUGAGAGGACAGACUGUGUUCUUCUGGCUCUGGCCUGCAGUGACGGAGCUGUCAGACUGUUCUCUGUCAAUGAAGGUGAACAUCGGAUUGAUUUGUUGUGGGAGACGUUUCACCACCAGCGUUGUGUGCUCAGUGUCGCCACCUGCAGCCUGGAGGACGGAAAAGGCAACAGGUAUAAGCUGCUGUUCAGUGCUGCGACAGAUGGCAAAAUUGCAGUUUGGGAUUUGACUGACGCUUCUUCCUCAAAAGAUACUUCGAUCAAUGCUCCAACUCCACCGACCCCCUGCCUCGAUAUUCCUGCCCACCAGAGCGGGAUCAACUCAUUGGCUGUUUGUGCAGAGGAGCUGGGACUAGAAGAGGGUGGUUGCCUGGUAACUGUUGCUAGCGGAGGGGAUGAUGGGCAGUUGACAGUGUCCACGAUCAGGGUGCAGUACCCAGAAGAAGGGCAGACUGGGGGCAGCAGAGAGCUUUCUCAGAUUUCACAACCCACGUUCCAGCCCCCGAACCAGCUUCAGCUGCAUCUCCACGGUCACUCCCACAUCCCACUGGCCCACGCUGCCCCUAUUACCGCCGUAAAACUCCUGACCCCAGGCCUGAUGGUGUCUACUUCUUCAGAUCAGAGGGUUUGCAUGUGGAGAGUCUCCAGUACCGGUAUCAGCCACAGAGAGACGCUGUUCUCCCAUGUUGCAGACGCUGCAGGACUUUCUGUGUGGGAGGGGCAGAUGACGGACAGUGAGGAAGGAGAUGAAAACACAAUAUUUGAGGCUGAGGAGAUUUCCGUUUGUGGAGAAGGGAUUGAGGCAGGAUUAGAAACAGAGAGGAAGAGCACAGAGGCUGAGGAAGCAGGGAGGUUCAGGACCAGUGAUGAGAGAGGAGGGGAGAAAGGAAGUCAAACACCCACCGACGGUGUGGUUAAGAGAGAGGGUGACGGGAAAGAUUGUUGUAAGAGAAGGAAAAAGAGAGAGAAGACGGGAUGGGUGCUGGUCUGUGGUCAGGGCCUCCAGCUGCUCCGAGUCCCAAACACCGACACAUGGACAGAGGGAAGAAUAAAAAUAGAAAAUCACACAGUUAAAGUGACUUUACAAGAAAAGUUAAAGUAUGUGGAAGCAGAAAAUAAGAAUUGUCCUGAAUGAACACAUUAUUUUGACAUUAUAGGGAAUAAUAUUCUAUUGAUUUUAUUAAAUUAUUUUCAUUCAGCAUAGCAUCAGAAAUUGAUCCUACUAGAUCCAAAAGACAGACAGGUACAGGUAGGAACAUUCUCAAAGCUGUAUGAAGGGAAAUUAAAUUUGGCAUUCAUUUCAGCCAACCUUAGAAAGCAUUUAGGGUUCAUCAAGAAUAAGUACACUUUCAUGUUUAUUUCAAAGACUCAUUUAAACCAUCUCUGAUGUGUUGGAGCAUCUCAGGUAGUAAAUGAAGCAGUUUUUACUUGAAAAUACUCUUGGGGCUGUAGAAAUGUUAAUCAACAAGGACAAACCAAAGGCUGCCUUCACCAAAUGUCUCAGUAAAAUCAAAAUCCAGUAGUUGAUGGUAUUUUGUCAAAAAAAAAAAAAUUGUAUAAUCAUACCAAAUUAUAGCAUUUACCAACCAGGGAUAUAGUAUUUGCAGUUGGUCGAUUUUUUUUUUUCUUUCCUUUCACGAAGCUGGAUGUAUUUUUUUCUUCAUCAUGUUGCUGAAAAUGGUCAAAUAAAAGGAUGAGCUUGGUUUAUAA